UCGGUUUUGGCAACACUGGUGUAUGUCUAUUUUCCUUCUUUUCUUUAUAUCAAAGCCCUUUCCGGUUUAGUUCCUGGGGCUAGAAGCCGUAGUUUCGGUUUUUAUUAUUUUAAAUCGCCCAGAAUCCUUCAAAAUGAGAAUCUAUAAGGAUAUUAUUACCGGCGACGAAAUGUUCUCCGACACAUACAAAAUCAAACUGGUCGAUGAAGUGAUUUACGAAGUCACCGGUAAAUUGGAAACUAGAACACAGGGCGAUAUCAGAAUCGAGGGUUUCAACCCCUCGGCUGAGGAGGCGGACGAGGGCACAGACUCCGCGUGCGAGAGCGGUGUAGACAUUGUGUUAAAUCACCGACUUGUGGAGUCCUAUGCCUUUGGGGACAAGAAAUCCUACACUUUAUACCUUAAGGAUUACAUGAAAAAAUUAGUAGCAAAAUUGGAAGAGACGUCACCUGACCAAGUAGAAGUAUUCAAGACCAACAUGAACAAAGUAAUGAAAGACAUUCUCAGUAGGUUUAAGGAACUCCAAUUCUUCACUGGCGAAUCCAUGGAUUGUGAUGGCAUGGUUGCUCUCAUGGAGUACAGGGAUAUCAACGGUGUCUCCACCCCUGUCAUGAUGUUUUACAAGCAUGGCCUUGAAGAAGAGAAAUUUUAAGACAUAUUGCAGAAGAAAUAUAUCAAUACUUUAACCUUAACUGUUCUUUGUUACCAUCAGUAUAACAAAGUUUUUUGAUGUUUAUAAAUGCAGUGUCUAUAUACUCUUUCUCUGAGCAUAAGUAUCGAAGUACAGCUUAAGUGACACUAAUUCAUAUUCCCUUACCAGAGCCUACUAUUUCCUUUUUUUUAAUUUAUUUAUUCAAAUCAUGUCCGCUCAGCUCAGUAAUCAGCUAUGGCUACUCCCCAUCAAAGGCUGAACUUUUGUAAAAUUAAUCUUGCAUAUGAUUAAAUAAUUUAAUGAACAACUGAA